AUGUAAGGACUUGUUAACUAAUUACUUCCUGCAAUAGCUUUAAAUAAAUUAAGACAUCAGGAUUUCUAAUUUAACAAAAGAGAAUUAACAGACGAAUUUGAAGAUGUAACAAUUUUAUUUGCCGAUAUUAAAGGUUUUACAGAAUUUUCAGAUAAAGUAAAAAAUCCUAAAAAAGUAUUAAAAAUGCUAAAAGAUUUGUUCGAAGGAUUUGAUAAAUUAUGUUUAAAAAAUAAAGUUUUUAAACUUUAUACUAUAGGAGAUUGCUAUGUAGUUUUAAGCUUUGUAGUUGCUGAAAGACAAAAUACUACUGAAGAGAAAAUACAAGAAGCUAAAAAUGUGGUAAAUAUGGGAUUAGAAAUGAUAGAAACAAUAAGUCAUGUUAGAAAAGAUUACACUUUUUUAAAUAUGAGAAUAGGAAUACAUACAGGUAAAAAAAUUAUUGGUGGUAUUUUAGGAACACAUGUAGUUAGAUACGAUGUAUAUGGAAAUGAUAUUAGAAUUGCAAACAAAAUGGAGUCCAGUGGAGAACCAGCAAAAGUAAUGAUUAGUUAAUCUACUAAAGAUUGGAUAGAAAAAGAAUAAAAUCAUAAUUAUAGUAUUGUUUGGGCAAAAGAAGUUUAGAUUAAAAGCAAAGGAAAAUCUACUGAAAUUAUUUAGAGUUAUUUUAUAAAUAAAAAAGCUUAUUAUUAAUGA